AUGUGUUUUAACGGCCUCCGCGGGGGCGAGGAAGCCUCGCGCUCGCAGGAGAUUGAUCGCAUCAUCCGCAAGGACCAGCUGCGCAUGGCCCACGAGACCAAAAUCCUGCUGCUGGGAGCCGGAGAGUCCGGAAAGUCCACUAUACUCAAGCAAAUGAGGAUUAUAUACUCGCGAGGGUUUCAGACGCAGGAGAGGCAAUGGUGGCGACGCAUCAUCUUCCACAACAUUAUCGAAACCUUUGAGAUGAUCAGCGAUGCUAUGAAUGACUUUACCAUUGAAUUUGACAACCCUGACAACGAGAAAUUCAUGACCCAAAUCUUGACGAGGCAGGAGAUAGGACACAAAGAGAGCUUCCCGCAAGCUUAUUUCGACUCCAUCAAGGCAUUAUGGCAUGACACUGGCGUCAAAGAAGCAAUUAAGCAAUGUAACGAAUACGCCAUCCAUGACAACCUCGCAUACUUCAUUGACAAUAUGGACCGUCUUUGGACGAAUGAGUAUAUUCCCAAUGACUUGGAUAUUCUCUGUUCAAGAUUGAAGACGACGGGCAUCACAGAGUGUCAAUUCACCAUUGCACAGAGGACAUAUCGAAUAUUCGACGUUGGCGGCCAGAGAUCAGAACGCAAGAAGUGGAUUCACUGCUUCGAAGAUGUCCACUGUCUGCUGUUCCUGGUUGCCAUCAGCGGAUAUAAUCAAUGCCUUGUUGAAGACAGACAAGCUAACCAAAUGAACGAGGCCCUCAUGCUGUGGGAAUCCCUCGUAAACUCGCGCUGGUUCAAAAAUUCCUCCAUCAUUCUCUUCCUGAACAAGAUGGAUUUAUUCGUGGAGAAGCUGCCGUCCAACCCGCUCUCCAACUAUGGAUUCAUAGAUUACCAUGGACCCCCCGGCGAUUACAAGCUAGCUAGCAAGUACUUCCUGGACAAGUUUCUGGCACACAGCCGAGACCCCGACAGGGAGAUAUACGGGCACUUCACCACCGCGACGGACACGAACCUGGUCAAGAUCACAAUGGACUCGGUGCAGGACAUGAUUGUGCGGCGAAACCUGAAGCAGCUCAUCCUUUGA